AUGGGAGCGCGCGGCGCUGCCGAGCCCGCCCCGCUCCGGACUGGUGCUCCCAGCGCAGCGCGGCUGCUUCGGGGCUGCGGCCCCUGCCCGGCGCUGGCCGUGGGGCGAGGGGCGGCAGCUGGGGCCGGACUGGUGGCACUGGUGGUGCUGGGAGCCCCCCCGGCUGCGGGCGCGGAGCUCUCGGGGGUGUUCCAGUUCAUGGGAAAGUCCGAGUGUCAUUUCAUUAACAGUACGGAGAAGAUGAGGUUCGUGGCGAGGUACAUCUACAACCGGGAGCAGUUCCUGAUAUUGGACAGCGACGUCGGGGUUGCCCCCCAGCGUUUCCAUCUCGCUGGCACCCCCUUGAGCUCCCAGCCCGGCCCCAGCCGCCUGCUCCGCUUCGUCAUGGAUUUCUACCCUGCCCGCAUCCAGGCGAGGUGGUUCCAGGGCCAGCAGGAGCUCUCGGAGCACGUGGUGGCCACCGACAUGGUCCCCAACGGGGACUGGAUCUACCAGCUCCUGGAGCUGCUGGAAACUCUCCCCCCCGGCGCGGGCUCACCUACACCUGCCAGAGAUGCCGCCGGACGCCACCCGCAGCAAGAUGCUGACGGGCAUCGGGGGCUUCGUCUUGGGCUUCGUCUUCCUGGCGCUGGGGCUCGGCUUCUACCUGCGCAAGAAGAGCUCCUGAGCCGCCGGCGGCCGCAGCCCCUGCCCGUGGGCUCGGGCCCCGCCGGGACCCCCCGCUCCGUCCCCGCUCCGCUGAUUUUGGGGGGGUCCCGUGUGUCCCCCCAGCCCCGCUGGCGCUCUGCCCCCACCCAGUGCCCGCUCCCAGUGCUCCCAAGGAAGCUUCCCAGUUGGCCCCAGGUGUCCACGGGGGGAGCCACGAAGAUGUGAAGGCCCCAGCCAGGUGUGUUCCCAACACGGGCGCUCCGCCCACCGGGGAUCACCCAGCGCGGAUCCUCCCACGGGGGAUGGAGCUGAAGACGCGGACAGAGCCCUUCCCGCACCGGGGCACUGCGGGAUACGCGGGCAGCGAUCCCUCCUUCCUCCUCCUCCUCCUCCUCCUCCAUCUCUCCUCCCGCUCCCCCCGGGCCCAGCCCCCACCCUUUGUCCCCCUCCCUUUUCCCAAAUCCGUCCCAUCGCCCCCCAAUAAACGGCACCGGGGCUAA